AUGUUGUAUCAAAGGUUUAAAGCCGAUGAACAAGUCUUCAACGUUGCUCAAGGGCUUCCUGUAGCUCAAGAACGUGACAAAGGAGACGAUUCAAAGUUUUGGACGAUGUACGACCAAGUUUCGAAAGAGUACGAUGAUACUUUCCUCUCACGAGGGAAUGGCGAUAUGAACAUCAUCUUAACUUUUGCUGGUUUAUUCUCGGCCGUCAACUCCACCUUCAUUGUCGGAAUGCAGCCUAACCCGGGCGAAACUACCAAUGUCCUCUUGCUACAGCUAAUUCAAAUCGCAGCUGCCCCAAAUGCCGUGCAUGAUAUCAGCAAUCUUUCCCCGUCCACGGGGUAUCCUUCUUCCACUGUCUGGAUGCAAGCGCUCGCAUAUGCCAGUCUCGCUUUUAGCGUCUUGGCUGCGUUUGGGGCUGUGAUGGGAAAGCAAUGG